AUGGCUAAAGGAAGCGUUGCUGACGAGAACGGCAUACCGUACAAUUACCUGAUAGUCAUAGACGCAGGGUCAAAGGGGUCGCGUGCAUACGUAUAUUAUUGGCUUUCCUCGCAGUACCUACUGGCCAAUAAUGUUCUGCGCGUGCCUGACGAUCAUGUUCAGCUGCUAAAAAGAGUCGAACUAGAUCCGUCCGAUCUUCCUCAGGUCCAGACAGGCAGCAAAUGGUACAAAAAGAUCCAUCCUGGCAUCAGCGAGUUUCAUGAGAACUCUGCACACAUAGGACCGAAAUACCUCAAUUAUCUGCUCAAGAAGGUCUACGACAUAAUCCCCAUCGAACAGCAUUACCGAACGCCAAUAUUUCUCCAUGCUACGGCCGGCAUGCGGCUUUUGAAACCGACCGAGCAGCAGGAAAUUCUCGACAAUGUGUGCUCAUAUUUGCAACAAGAAACCAAUUUUUACCUGCCGGAUUGCCCAAGCCAUGUAAAUAUUAUUGACGGUGACGUCGAGGGACUUUUCGGGUGGAUCGCGCUCAAUUAUCUGACCGGCACCUUAGCCGCCAACAGGAGUUCUGUGGGCCUACUGGAAAUGGGCGGGGCGUCCACACAAAUCUCGUUUGAGCCUAACGAGAAGGAGACGAAAGAGCAUUACAACCAACUAAUUAAUUUAAAACUGGCCACGAUGGGCCAAGAGGUCGCUAACUUGAGAUACAACGUCUACUCGGACUCGUUUCUUGGGUAUGGGCUUUCGCAAAUGCGGCUGAAGUAUCUGCGCGGUCUUGCUCGCAAGCUGGAGGACGGAAAGGAGUACGUGGAAGACCCUUGUCUUGCUGCUAAAAGACGCCAGACGGUGGAACUCGACGGCCUGGAGGUUGAGGUGAGAGGAACAGGAAACUACGGACAGUGCAAUGAGAACGUGUACUCUCUAAUAGCCAACAAAUGCGGCGACAAACAAGAGGUGUCCUCCUGUCUGCUGAGCAACACGAACCCGGACUUUAACUUAAACUCUGAUAAUUUUUAUGGAGUGUCCGGAUACUGGGACACUAUUUCCAAGCUGCUGAGCUACAGCGACAAAGAAGAAGACUACGGAAAGAUCUACGCAUACGACAAGAUGGUACAGGAAACAGAGAAAAUCUGCUCUUUGAAUUGGAACGAGCUAAAAGAUUACAAGGACCUCAAAAAGUCAGAGCUUGAAGAGCUGUGUUUCAAAAGCACGUAUUUGAUGAACCUGCUCCACAACGGGUUCGGCCUAAACCAUACGCGGUCGCAGUUCACUGUCAAUGACAACGUCAAUGGGUCAGCUUUUACGUGGACACUGGGGCGAGCCGUGCUUUAUGCUAGCGAUGAAAGCCUCAUCGAGGUGCAAAACUACGUUCAUGAUGAGGUGGACGACGGCAAGCGCGACAAGGUGGGGUAUUCGCGCAACUCGGCCCCCGGAGUGUUCGUUCGCGGCUCGGAGGUGGACGGAGUGCCGCCGCGUCCUGUUUAUGAAGUGUUUGAUACAUAUGAAGAGCCAGGGUUCCUCCGAGACCUCAAGGAAGGAGAAGAUUACGAAAAUGACGACGUUGUUGAGGAAAUUGACCAUAAAUCGAUAUUCAAAGCGCACUCGUGGAUAGUUGUGCUAAUAGUAAUGGUUGGUUUGAUUUCCGUCGUUUCGAACAAAUCACGUGUGCUACGCCUGAUUAACGAAAUUGUGCUUUUUGUCGUGUCGCUGGUGAGAAAAUAUAUACAGGGUCGCGUGGGCGGCAUCCACUGGCCAUAUGUGACGCGGAACCGGUACAAGCGAGCACGGUCGAUGGACCUGGGCACCAGCGAGGUGGAACUCAGCGAAAUGGAUGUCACAGAGCCGGAAGACCCCGAGUUCGAUCUGGGCGUGGAGGACGACGACGUGUUGAGCGGAUACGAGGAUUUCGAUCUUUCGGAAGACAGCGAUGACGGCAUAGAGCGCGCCGUCUAG